AUGCAGUACGUCCGAAGUAUCAGCGGUUCUGUCUCCAAGACAUGGAACUCGAUCAACCCGGCGACAUUGAGCGGAGCUAUCGAUGUGAUUGUGAUAGAACAAGAAGAUGGAACCCUCGCCUGCUCGCCCUUUCACGUCCGCUUCGGCAAGUUCUCGCUCUUGCGUCCGUUCGAAAAAAAGGUGGAAUUUAAAGUCAAUGGGGUGAAACAAGACUAUGCUAUGAAACUGGGAGAAGGAGGCGAAGCGUUUUUUGUCUUCGAAACCACGGACGAUAUCCCCGCAUCUCUGCAAACUUCUCCGCUGGUAUCUCCAGCGAGUAGCCCGAAGGUCCCAACUGAAGACCUCGAGUCGUCUCUCCAAGAACCAGAAUAUCUGGAUCUAGAGAAAUCGAGUGGUGAUGCUGUCUCUGAAGGUGCGAAAACGCCGCCGACCAUGCCAUUUCCGCGACAGUCCCGGGCAACUACAGAUUUAGGUACAAUCACUCCCUUGUCGCGUUCUCCGGUAGAUUCGGAUCUCAGUCCUGCCCUCCACGCCCCGUUCAACUCGAAACCUUCGCUCGAUCACUCGGUGUCGGAGAACAUACUUUCGACCAGGCUUCCUCAAUCUGCACCUGGUGAUCGAACUUCCAUGGCCAGUGCAGAGCCGACUUCUGACGAUGAUGCGAAGCAACUCAACCGCCCCCGCAGCCCUCCUCCGGUGUCUCCUCAAGAGGCGAUGGAUCGAGCUAUCUCGCUAUCCAAGAAGUUGUCCGGAUCGAACAUUCCAUCACAUGUCAACGAGACCGGAGAUCUCAUGUUGGACAUGACAGGCUACAAGAGUAACGAGGAGGAUGCUCUCCGGGCCGAAGUUCUAGCUCGCAAGAUUCUAGCAGAGGAAUUGGAAGGAAGCUAUGACAUUGGGGCCCUUAUCGGCGCAGAUGAGCAUGGCAACUUGUGGAUUUACAGCAGUGAAGAGGCAAAGGAGGCCGCUGACCGGAGAGCGACAAUAAACUCCAUGCGACCUAAUACUGCAUUAAGCGAAGAUGCGAUUUCAGACCCGGGUUAUCACAGUGAGGGAGACCGCAGCCCUCUGGAUCCGUCCUUGACUGCGCGUCAUCAUCGAACCAAAUCGGAUGUUCAGCCUGGAUUUCCCACUCCGCCCCAUUCGCCAAUGCAUGAUUCAUUUGCGGUUGAGACGCGCAACUACGCCAAAACCUUGCGCUUGACCAGUGAUCAACUCAAGGCUCUCGAUUUGAAGCCCGGCCCAAACACUAUGUCGUUCAGUGUUAAUAAGGCUACCUGCACUGCGUCUAUGUAUCUCUGGAAUGGGAAUACCCCAAUUGUCAUUUCAGAUAUCGAUGGCACUAUCACGAAAUCGGACGCCCUUGGACAUGUUCUGAACAUGAUAGGACGUGACUGGACACAUGCGGGAGUCGCCAAGUUAUACACCGAUAUUGUCAACAAUGGCUACAACAUCAUGUAUCUUACCAGUCGAUCAGUCGGGCAGUCGGACACCACUCGCGCAUACCUGUACGGUGUUUGUCAAGAUGGCUAUCGGCUGCCAAAAGGUCCUGUCAUCUGCAGUCCAGACAGGACAAUGGCUGCGCUGAGACGCGAGAUUUAUCUCAGAAAGCCCGAGGUAUUCAAGAUGGCUUGCUUGCGCGACGUCCUCAAUUUAUUCUCCGGGAAGGAGAAUCCGUUCUACGCCGGAUUUGGAAAUCGGUUGACCGAUGCCUUGAGUUAUCGAACUGUCAACAUUCCUUCCACGCGCAUCUUCACGAUCAACUCCAACGCUGAGGUUUCUCUUGAUUUGCUCAGUCUGAACAAGUAUAAGAGCAGCUAUGUGACGAUGCAAGAGCUGUUGGAUCAUUUCUUCCCUCCAACCAGCCUUCUGGUGCAAUCAGGCGGCGAGGAGUACACAGAUUUCACGUACUGGCGUGACACGCCUCAGGACUUGGAUGAUUUCUCUACCACCGACAGCGAAGAUGAGGAUGAUGGCGAAGACGAGGACGAAGGCGACGACGAUGAAAACGGAGAAGUUGAUAUUUUUGUGGAAGAGGAGGAUGCUGACGAAGAAGACUAUGAUGACGAUGAUGAGCUGAGUGGCGGCGAGGGCAGCGAAUACCAAGACGAAGACGGUCGUGAUCUCGAAGCAAGUUACAUUUCGCAGGCCUCCGAGGCCGUAUCCAAUCCGGCGGGGUCCAUAGUGGAAUCUGUUGAGGAUCCAGAAGGUGUGGACGAACCCAUCAUCAAAGAAGAUAAUACCCCUUCCGCCGCUCAAACUUCAGAAGCUCCAGAGCUUGCUACUUCCACCACGCUUCCCCUUCGACCCAAGUCCCGUGAGACCUGA